GAUAAGAUUGCCGUGUAUUAUUGAUAUAAAUUAAUUUUACAGAAUAACUAAAGUCAGUUUAUCAUUUACAUUGGUGGUCAGACUAUUGAUAUCAUGAGUUUUCAAGACAAAGUAGUGAUUGUGACUGGCGCUAGUUCUGGUAUUGGAGCAGCAAUUGCCAUCAAAUUUGCAGCAGAAGGAGCGAAAGUGGCCUUAGUGGGCAGAAACCAAGAAAAAUUGAACAACGUCGCGAAAAAAUGCGGUAAUCCUGUAAUAAUCGUUGCUGACGUGUCUAAAGAUGAUGAUGCCAGAAGAGUUAUCGAAGAAACCAUGAGUAAUCUGGGUAAAAUUGAUAUUCUGAUCAAUAACGCUGGUAUUGGAGGCACAACAGAUAUACAGAAACCAGACGCUGUUGAAAUUUUUGACAGAGUAAUGGCAACAAAUCUUCGUGCAGUUGUUUUCUUGACGCACCUCGCUGUACCACAUCUGGUGAAUACAAAAGGUAACAUUGUAAAUAUAUCUAGUAUUGCUGCUUUGAAAGUCCUCCCUGGAAGUUUCGCGUACUGUGCAUCAAAGGCUGGACUAGAUCACUUCACUAGAGCUGUGGCACUUGAACUAGCCCCACACGGUGUUCGCGUCAACGCGAUUAACCCAGGACCUGUUAAAACAGAUAUAAUAGAAAAUAUGGGAGCACCCAAGGAAUUACAAGAAGUUAUAUUUCGUAAAAUGCAAGAUAUGACUGCGUUGAACAGAGUCUCGGAUCCUGAAGAAGUAGCUGAUCUUGUUUUGUUCGUAGCGAGCGAAAAAUCUAAAGGUAUAACUGGUUCAACUAUCGUGACCGACAAUGGAACGAUACUGAAAGCAUAAAUAUUAAAUAAUAAAUAAAAUAUUUAUUUUAA